AUGUCUUCUCUCCCGCGGAAAGCCUUGAUCGCCGUAAGCGGUGCCAAUCCCCCGUUCUAUCUGGAUGGGAGAAAAACAGGACUUUCUUUUCCAGAAGCCCUACUUCCGUACAACAUGCUUGUAGGAGCAGGUUUUGAAAUCGAUAUCGCAUCAGAGACAGGUUCAUUUGCCUAUGAUGAUCAUUCCUUAGAGCCGCAUCAUCUAUCCCGCGAAGACCAGAGGAUUCUUCGCAACUCCAGCUAUUCCUUCCAUGAGAAAAUCAAUCAGCAGUUAUUCAAAGCUGGAGAUUUGGCACCACACGACUAUGGGCUUUUCUUCGCAGCUGGAGGUCAUGGCGCCAUGUAUGACUUCCCACACGCCCACCAUCUGCAGGCUAUUGCCGAAGACAUUUACAACCGUGGCGGAGUGGUCGGUGCCGUGGACCAAGCCCCGGUUAUUCUAGCAGGAAUGCAUACCCCGGAGGGCGAUCCGAUUUUGAAGGACAAAGAAAUCACAGGCUUCACGACGAAGGGCGAAGUUGAGCUCAAGGUUAUUGAUAAAAUCAGAGACGAUGGACUCAGAACGGUGGAGGAGAUGGCUCAGGCUGUCAACGCUCAUUACUUGCCACCUUCAGAAAAUUUCGAUGACUUCAGUCAUAUCGAUUCGAGGAUUGUAACUGGCGCCAACGCAACAAGUACUAGAAGCACUGUGAAAAAUGCUAUCAAAGUGUUUGAAGGGGUUGUUGGUGAUUACUGA